CAUUAAAACCGUGCAGCCAUGAACCCAGAAGAGCAAAUUGUGACCUGGCUGAUUUCAAUGGGAGCCUUAAACUCCCCUAAAAUGAAGAUUGGAGACCCUCUGCAGUUCCUCAAGGCAUCCCUGAAAGACGGGGUAGUGCUGUGCAAACUGAUUCUCCGGCUUCUUCCGGGGUCCAUAGACAAGUAUUGCCCGGAGCCCAAGACAGAAGCCGACUGCGUUGGCAACAUCAAGGCCUUUCUGAAUGGAUGCGCGACGCUGAAAGUCGAGCUGUUUGAUGCACAUGAUCUAUAUAUGGGAGACAACUUUCCCCAGGUACUGAAUACCCUUGCAGCGAUCAACAAAGCUACUGAAGAUCAGCAAUGCACCAGGCCAUGCUCUCGCCUGUCGUCUCCUAGAUCCCCGGCAGGGGACUGCUCUCUUUCCACACAAGCCACUUCUCCUAAGUCGCCAAGGACCUUGCGCAGGCAGUCAAAAGCAGUGGAGAUGACUGAAAACGGCAACCACCAGCUGGUGGUCCGGGCCCGGUUCCACUUCAAGCAAACCAAUGAAGAUGAGUUGUCAAUCAACAAAGGCGACAUCAUUUACGUCACCCGGGUCGAAGAAGGGGGCUGGUGGGAAGGAACCCUCAAUGGGAAGACAGGCUGGUUCCCCAGCAACUACGUCAGAGAAAUUAAAUCCACCGAUAAACCUCUCUCCCCGAAAGCUUUGAAAAAUGCUGAAAGCCCUCAACUUACCAAGAAUUACUAUGCAGUGGUACUUCAGAAUAUUUUGGAAACAGAGCGAGACUACGCCAAGGAGCUACAGUCACUUCUAAGUACAUACUUGAGGCCUCUCCAGUCCUAUGACAAGUUGAGCGCCGUGGACAUUGCGUCGUUACUUGGAAACGUAGAUGAGAUCUGCGCCUUUCAGCAAAACCUUAACCAGGCUCUGGAAGAAUGUGCCAAGCUUCCGGAGCAUCAGCAAAAAGUAGGAGGUUGCUUCAUCCACCGAAUGACCCAGUUCAGAUCGCUAUACCUCUCCUAUUGUGCUAACCACCCUUCCGCUGUCAAUGUCUUGACCCAGCACAGUGACGAAUUAGAAAAGUUCAUGGAGCUCCAAGGAGCAACGUGCUCAGGGAUCUUGACCUUAACCAUGAGCCUCAGCAAGCCCUUCACACGUCUGGAUAAAUACAUCUCUCUUCUGCAGGAACUCGAGCGACACAUGGAGGAGGCACAUCCGGACCACGAAGACGUCUUGAAAGCUGUCACAUCCUUCAAGACUCUUGUGUCCCAGUGCCAGGAGAUGAGAAAGAGGAAGCAGCUCGAACUCCAGAUCCUUUCAGAGUCCAUCCAGGGAUGGGAAGGCGAUGAUAUCAGGUCAAUGGGAAGCAUCCUUUAUAUGUCACAAGUCAUGGUCCAGUACGGAGGAAGCGAGGAGAAGGAAGAAAGAUAUUUCAUGUUGUUUGCAAAUGUUCUGCUGAUGCUUUCGGCAAGUCCCCGGAUGAGUGGGUUUAUGUAUCAGGGAAAGCUCCCUUUAAUAGGAAUGGUGGUGACAAAACUAGAAGAUGUGGAUGGGGCUGAGCAUGCUUUUGAGAUAUCAGGAGGCAUGAUAGACCGCAUCACGGUCCACUGCAAUAGCAGCCACGACCUGCACGAAUGGCUUGACCAUUUGCAAAGGCUGCCCCGAGGGACAGCGUCCAGCGGCACCCUCUCCAAGACACACUCAUGGAGCCCCCAUUCGACAUUCAGCUCUACCGGACAAUCGCGAGGCCCGCUGGAGCCUCCGAAAAUCCUUAAGCCCUGGACCUUAAGUUGCCUCCGACCCGCCCCUCCUCUCCGGCCUUCGGUGGCACUCAGCUACAAAGAGCGGAUGUCUUACAUCUUGAAGGAUUCCAGCAAGAGUCCAAAAACGAUGAAAAAGUUUCUUCCCAAAAGGAAAACUGAGAGGAAACCAUCAGAUGAGGAAUUUGUCAUUAGAAAAAGUACUGCUGCCUUGGAGGAAGAUGCUCAGAUCCUGAAAGUGAUCGAGGCCUAUUGCACCGGAGCAAGCUUCCAACAGACCCUUACUUCAGGUUCCCGUAAAGAAUCCGUCCCGCAAGUCCUGCUUCCAGAGGAAGAGAAGAUCAUAAUUGAGGAAACGCGAAGCAAUGGGCAAACAAUCACAGAAGAAAAGAGCCUUGUGGACACUGUCUAUGCACUGAAAGAUGAGGUCAAGGAACUGAAGCAGGAGAAUAAACGGAUGAAGCAAUGCUUGGAAGAAGAACUGAAGUCCAGGAAAGAAUUAGAGAAGUUAGUUCGGCGGUUGCUGAAGCAAACCGAUGAAUGUGUCAGGGAAGAAACCGGCCGGAGAUCCUCGGUCCUAGCUUGAUUUCUUAACGCCACCCUUGGCAGGUUGGACAUGAAGGCAGGUAUUCCUGGGAAGCGGAAUUGUAGAGUUGGAUUCCUCUCGCUCCUUAGAUAUAUAUAUAUAUAUUUGUGUGUGUCUCUGUGUGUGUGUUUUACUUGUUUUGGGUUUGUUCUGUUUCGAACAAGAAAGGAACGACAAUGGCUGUGAUCUUUUUUUCCUCUUCUCCCCACUUCAAGAAGUCAA